AUGUCACCAUUGGUGUCCGAAGUGAAACCAUCAUACGGUGCUGAGUUUUCCGUCAAAAAGGAAAUGCCAGAUUCUGUGUGUGGACCUGUCGACAUCAGCAACAGUUUCUUCGGCAGUCAGCCUCCAAAAAAACGUCAGCUCAUCUUUCAAGGCUCAAAGAAACCGUGUAACUGUACAAAAUCCCAGUGUCUUAAAUUAUAUUGUGACUGUUUCGCAAACGGAGAAUUUUGCCGGAACUGUCACUGUACAAACUGUAAGAAUAACCUCACUUACGAGAUUGAUCGUAGUAAAGCAAUCAAGUCUUGUUUAGAACGGAACCCAUUGGCGUUCCAGCCCAAAAUUGGCAAGGGCAGAAUAGAUACAGAGAGGUUGCACAAUAAAGGAUGCAACUGCAAGAAAUCGAGCUGUUUGAAAAACUACUGUGAAUGCUACGAAGCUAGGGUGCCAUGUACGGCCAGAUGUAAGUGUAAUGGUUGCCGCAACACUGAGGCGGAUCGUUCGAAUCGCGGCAGACCAUGUUCUAGCUUGCCUCAGUGGCGAACGACGUCGCCCAGCGACAUGUCGGUUUGCAGCCAAAUUUGUGAGUACCCAGUCAAACCGGACAGCCCGCUGUCGACGGACACACAAGAGAGUGCAGAGUUUAAAAAGUUCCCGUGGGAUUUCAUGUCUGACGACGCGGUGGAUGCAACAGCGCUGUGUUUGAUCGCUCAGGUGCAAGAGCUUUCAAAGAAAAAUUCGAUCGAUUUUUUAAACGUUCAGUCCGCUGUACUCGAAGAAUUCGGGCGCUGUUUGCAGCAGAUUAUACAGUCCGUCUCGUGA